GUAUGCUACUAUUUAAAUGAAGUUUGUAAACCCGUUUUAUAGUUACUCCCUUAAAAGCAUGCCGUAUGAGAAUUAGUAGACUCUGCACAGAGGUUCCCUUAUUGUUGAACAUGUAUUUUGCUAUUGUGUGUCACUUUUAUAUCUUAACAGUAUUAGCUGGAGGAACGAAUGACAAAGACGGAAGAACAGAAACUCAUAUUGAAGGACUGGAUUAUUUUUACAACUCGGCAACAGGAAAGAACGAAUCGUGUUCCGACAGAUGCGACAUUCCAUCCUUAUAUGAAUAUACUUGUGGUCAAAAGUGUAAACUCUACGUUCCACAACAAAGAGUAACAUUUCCACCUACAAAAAGCUUCCAGGAAUAUAUUCAAGACAUUCAGGACCCAAUCUUUUUCUUUCCUAGGGAUAGCUUGGGCCCCGUUAUAGUGGGAUGUCUCAUUUUAAAUGCUUUUGGGGAAAAAAGUUUGACAACUGAUCUUUUAGGUUGA